AUGGGCAGCGGCAGCUCUGGACGGCUAUGGUGGCCGCUGCUGUCACUGCUGCUACUGCUACUGUUGCUCCUGGACCCCGCGGGUGCCAGUGUCCAGGAGGACGAGGACGGCGACUAUGAGGAUCUGGCGCUCGCCUUCCAGUCGGAGGAGGACGGUCCGGGCCACGCGGCCCAGCACGUGGUCACAGCCACCUUCCACCGCUGCGCCAAGGACACCUGGAGGCUGCCAGGCACCUACGUGGUGGUGCUGAAGGAGGACACUCAGCGGCCACAGACGGAGCGCAUCGCCCGCCGCCUCCAGGCUCGGGCUGCCCGCAGGGGCUACCUCACCAAGGUCUUGCAUCUCUUCCAUGACCUCUUUCCUGGCUUCCUGGUGAAGAUGAGCGGCGACCUACUGGACCUGGCCCUGAAGUUGCCACAUGUGGCAUACAUCGAGGAAGACUCCUCUGUCUUCGCCCAGAGCAUCCCUUGGAACCUGGAGCGGAUCAUCCCUGCACGGUACCAGGCAGAGGAGUACAGCGUUCCCAAUGGAGGAAGCCUGGUGGAGGUAUAUCUCUUAGACACCAGCAUCCAGAGUGGUCACCGAGAAAUCUUGGGCAGGGUCACAGUCACUGACUUUGAGAGUGUGCCCGAAGAAGAUGGGACCCGCUUCCACAGACAGGCGAGCAAAUGUGACAGCCAUGGCACCCACCUGGCAGGGGUGGUCAGUGGCCGGGAUGCUGGCGUGGCCAAGGGCACCAACCUGCACAGCCUUCGUGUGCUCAACUGCCAAGGGAGGGGCACCGUCAGCAGCACCCUCAUAGGCCUGGAGUUUAUUCGGAAAAGCCAGCUGGCCCAGCCUGCGGGGCCCCUGGUGGUGCUGUUGCCCCUGGCGGGUGGGUACAGCCGGGUCCUCAAUGCCGCCUGCCAGCGCCUGGCAAGGGCUGGGGUGGUGAUGGUCGCAGCUGCUGGCAACUUUCGGGACGACGCCUGCCGCUACUCCCCAGCCUCGGCUCCGGAGGUGAUUACAGUUGGAGCCACCAAUGCCCAGGACCAGCCAGUCACCCUGGGGACCUUGGGGACCAAUUUUGGUCGCUGUGUGGACCUCUUUGCUCCUGGGGAAGACAUUGUUGGUGCCUCCAGUGACUGCAGCACCUGCUUCAUAGCACAGAGUGGGACAUCGCAGGCUGCUGCCCAUGUGGCUGGUAUUGCAGCCAUGAUGCUGACUGCUGAGCCGGAACUCACCCUGGUUGAACUGAGGCAGAGACUGAUCCACUUCUCUUUCAAAAAUGUCAUCAAUGAGGCCUGGUUCCCUGAGGACCAGCGGGUGCUGACCCCCAACCUGGUGGCUGCACUGCCCCCCAGCACCAGGGGAGUAGGUGGGCAGCUGUUCUGCAGGACCCUGUGGUCAGCGCACUCAGGGCCCAGGCGGACAGCCACCACUGUGGCCCGCUGUGCCCCAGAGGAGGAGCUGCUGAGCUGUUCCAGUUUCUCCAGGAGUGGGAAGCGACGGGGCGAGCGUGUGGAGGCCCGAGAAGGUGGCCGGGUCUGCCUGGCCCACAAUGCAUUUGGGGGCGAGGGGGUCUAUGCCGUGGCCAGGUGCUGCCUGCUUCCCCGGGCCAACUGCAGUGUCCACACAGCUCCUGCAGCCACAGUUGGACAAGAGACCAAUGUCCACUGCCACCAGCAGGGCCACAUUCUCACAGGCUGCAGCUCUCACUGGGAGUCAGAGGACCUUGGUACAUACCAUCAGACUAUGCUGAGGCCUGGAGGUCAGCCCAGCAAGUGUGUGGGACACAAGGAGGCCAGCGUCCAUGCUUCGUGCUGCCAUGCGCCAGGCCUGGAGUGCACAGUCAAGGAGCAUGGGGUGCCAGGCCCUGUGGAGCAGGUCACCGUGGCCUGUGAGGCAGGCUGGACCCUGACUGGCUGCAGUGCUCUCCCUGGGACCUCCCUCAUCCUGGGGGCCUACGCUGUGGAUAACAUGUGUGUGGUGAAGAGCCGUGGCACUGAUGCAGCAGGAAGGACCAGUGAGGAAGCCCCAUCAGCCACUGCCAUCUGCUGCCGGAGCCAGCUCUCAAAGCAGGCCUCCAGGACACAGUAG